GGUGGACCUGGUCCAACCGAUAAUUUCUCCGCUUAUAGGCUGAUCUCCAGGACUCCACAGACCCCAAGGGUAGUGGGCGAGAGACCAGAAGCCCCUCCGCAGGUGGCCAUCAUGGGAAUGGAAUUUGAGAUGAAGGGAAAGCAGCAAUCAAAUGUUUAUUACGUAAAUGCCCCGGUCCCUUGUGUGGUGGAAGAGAAUUAUGGAGGAUAUUUCAAUGAUCAUGAUGUUUCUGCACUGGCAGAAGAUCUUCAAUCUCAGGAAAGUGUAUAUGAAUCCUUCCUAAGAAAUGCUCAGAGUGAUACAACAAGAGCUUCUUCAAGUAACAAUUCUAGACACAAUCAUGAUCAUGUCUCGAAGGAAGCAGGAAGAAAUUCUUUGACAACCGCAAUAAUUGAGUCACAACUAUCUCGAGAUGAAGCUCUAGCUAGAGAACUGCAAGAGUUGGAGAAUCACCUUGCUAGUGCUUCCCUUGGUGGAAUUACUGGAAGAGAGGCUGUUCUUCAAGACACAGACCCCACACAAUCUUCCUCUGCUAAUCUUGAACUCAAUUUUGCAAGCUCGCCUGUUCAGGUUGCGCAGGAAGAUGGUAUCGACCCAGAUAACAUGACUUAUGAGGAAUUGCAACAGUUAGGUGAAGCUAUAGGUACUGAAAGCAAAGGACUAUCCGAUGAGCUUAUAUCCUUCUUGCCAACUUCAACGUACAGAAUUGGGUUAUUCUCAAAGAAAGAAAAACAUGAGGAAUGUGUGAUAUGUUAUAUGGCUUAUAAGAACCGAGAUAAGUUGAUGACGUUGCCUUGCAAACAUCAAUAUCACAAAACUUGUGUCACAAAAUGGUUAAAGAUCAACAAGCAAGGUUCGCCGUACUGGUGUGUACCACCCCAUAUCGGGCAUAUUAUACCAUGCUGGUACUGAACCGAGAUUUAGUACAAAGGGGUUCCCAAGUCUUGGUA